UUUCAGCAUGUAUGGAGUGAGAGCGAGGACUGUCUACCAUUCCUGCAGCUCGCGCAGGACUACAUCUCCUCCUGCGGGAAGAAAACACUGCUGGAGGUACUGGACAAAGUCUUCAGAUCCUUCAGGCCUCUCCUGGGUCUUCCAGACAUUGACGAUGAAACAUUCGAUCAAUAUCACGCAGACGUGGAGGAGGAACCAGAGCCAGACCACCAGCAGAUGGGUGUGAGCCAGCAAUAAUGCCCAGCAGAGAGGCUCCGCGCUGGGCCACAGUCUCUGCAUCGAGCCCUGCUCUCCUAACCUAACUCACCUGGCUCUUCUUCUUACAUACACAAACACACACCGCACCAUUACACCAUUUAAAAUCUGGACAGCUUUUCCUGCACCCUGAUUUGAACUCAAAUGAUCAUUAUUUUGGUUUAUAUUAUUUCUCAUUAACUUCUCAUCACAUUCAAGCAGACACAAAACAAAUAUCUCAUUCCCAGCCUUUAUAAUUUUUUUUUUAUAUAACCUGUCAUGUGACUGGAGGUAGUAAAUAAGAAACUUAUGUUCAGAAUGGUAUGCUAGUGUACUGUAUAUUGCUGCACUGUCGUCACAUGAUCUCAUUACUUUGCAUGUUUAAUUCAGUGUCAUGCAAAAUAAGGAUGUUUUGCAUUUCGCAUCCAAUUUUGUGGUAAAAACAUUUGAAUUCUUGACAGUGUGAUCAAAUUUUAAAAAUCGCAGUCGGUAUCACGUCCUAUUCAUUCAUCA